CAAAUACAAUACUCCUAGAUAUAUAUCGUAUAUAAACGCCAUGAACCGACCCAUGCCGCUUUAAAAACCCACCCUACUCCCCACCUCCUCCAUACCCCACCACCACAUUCUUCCUCAAGAAACAAAGGGGAGAGAGAAAAGUAGAGAGAGAAACACAAACAUGGGUUCUCCAUUCAGAUCCCUCAUCACCACCGCCAUCCUCUUCCUCUUCUCCGUCCUCCUCGUCCUAUCAUCGGCGCUGGAUAUGUCGAUCAUCGGCUCCGGCGAACACCACCGGAGAUCAGACGACGAGGUCGCGUCCAUGUUCGAGUCGUGGCUGGUCAGCCACGGCAAGAACUACAACGCCCUGGGAGAGAAGGAGAAGAGGUUCCAGAUAUUUAAGCACAACCUGAGGUUCAUCGACGAGCACAACGCGGAGAACCGGUCGUACAAGCUGGGCCUGAACCGGUUCGCUGACCUGACCAACGAGGAGUACCGGUCCAAGUACUUGGGCGCCAAGGCCGGGUCUGGACGGAGGUUGACGGCGACGAAGACGAGUGACAGGUAUGUCGUUAAAGACGGCGAGAGUCUUCCGGAUGCCGUCGAUUGGAGAGAGAAAGGGGCCGUCGUUGACGUUAAAGACCAGGGCAGCUGUGGGAGCUGCUGGGCCUUUUCGACGAUUGCCGCUGUCGAAGGGGUCAACCAAAUAGUGACCGGCGAUCUGAUCUCGCUAUCGGAACAAGAGCUGGUGGAGUGCGACAACAUGUACAACGAAGGAUGCGAUGGCGGUCUCAUGGACUACGCCUUUGAAUUCAUCAUCAACAAUGGCGGCAUCGACUCUGAGGCCGACUACCCUUAUAAUGCUAGGGAUGGUAAAUGCGACCUAUCCAGGAAAAAUGCCAAGGUUGUUACGAUUGACAGCUACGAAGAUGUCCCUGCAAAUGACGAAAAGGCGUUGCAGAAGGCAGUGGCAAGUCAGCCCGUGAGUGUUGCCAUUGAAGCCGGUGGCAUGACCUUCCAAUUCUACGAGUCGGGUGUAUAUACAGGAAAGUGCGGGACAGCACUAGACCACGGUGUCACAGCCGUCGGAUACGGUACAGAUGAUGGUGCAGACUACUGGAUCGUCAAGAACUCAUGGGGAUCGAGCUGGGGAGAGAGUGGCUACAUCAGGAUGGAGCGUGGUACUGCUGGUCUCACUGGAAAAUGUGGAAUUGCAAUGGAGGCUUCUUACCCAAUCAAGACCGGCGUAAAUCCCCCCAACCCAGGCCCAUCUCCUCCUUCCCCAAUUAAGCCCCCUACUGUUUGCGACGACAACUACACUUGUCCCGAAAGCACCACCUGCUGCUGUGUCUACGAAUUCGGCAAGGCCUGCUUUGCUUGGGGUUGCUGCCCGCUUGAAGGGGCCACCUGCUGUGAAGACCAUUCUAGUUGCUGCCCCCAUGAGUACCCCGUGUGUAACGUUUACUCCGGCACCUGCAGAAUGAGCAAGGACAAUCCGCUGGGAGUGAAGGCAAUGCAGCGCACUCCGGCUAAGCCUCAGUGGGCUUAUACGAAUGAUGCCGGGAAGAAGAGCAGUGCUUAAGAAAGCUCUGUAGCUUUUGAGCAUCGAGGAGGAAACAAGUCGGAGGGUGAAAGGAUCAUUGCAUGCUUUAUUGUCUUCUCGGUACUUAUUAUUUAGCAUGCCUUAUUUCCACCCAAGUGAUGGUCAAUGGCUGAUUAUUCAGAUGGUGGCUAUGUAGAUAGUGCUGCUUUAAGUUUCUGGUACACAUGAAUAACAGACAGAUUAUCUUCAAGUUUCCUGUUUCUUAUGACUAUUGUAUAUGCUGCUUCGAAUUCCGGUUAUUUAACGAUGGAUGCAGCGAAUUGGUAUAUCCUAUUCAUGUUGAUUGUUGCAAUGGAAACAUCGUUUGUGUUUUUAUCCAA